GUUUUAUUGGGCACCGACGCCGCAGGAUCCGAAGUCUCAGGGCCCGGGCGCGCGGGGUGGUCCGAAGUUGGAGGGCCUGACGCCGCAGAGUCCGAGUGCUCGAGACCAGAGGGCGCAAUGUCGGAAGUGGUCGGGCCAGAAGCGGAAGGGCCCAAGCUGGUACGCGGGGGCCGAGGCAGCAAGGCCCGAAGCGACAGCCCCCAGGGCUUCAAGCUCCGAAGUCGCGGGGCCUGCAGUGGAUUGGGUUGAGGUCGCGGGAUUGGUUUGGGGUCCAUCGUUGGUUGGGCUCGUGGAGAUCCUUGGGUCUCCGGAGUUGGUUGGGUUUUGGGAGUUUGUUGAAGUGUUGAGUCUUUUUCUGUAUGCUAUGUAUACAUGGAACACAGUAGACGGCACCUUGGUACAGCAGGGAGCCCGCUGAUAUCACUCGCAAUUCAACUUGAUCCAGAGGCACCAUCGUAGAGCUGGGUAGCCCUCCGAUACACUACGGGGCUACAGGAAGUGCGAUGUUCUUCUGAUGAUUUAGUUCAGCGUGCUCGCAUUUGGCACUUUUGGAAAAUUGAGGACUGAUCGGUGUCUGUUGUUCCUCACCACGAGGAAAAAAGAAUUGCUUCGGUCGCACUUUCACUUACUGAGAGAAAGAUACUGUUUCGGUCCGCUUUCUUAUUUACACGUGCGAAGAUACCCACCAGAGAGUUCCGGCUCGCGGUGAUCUAAACGUUGAUUUUUCGAAGCGAGCACGCGUGUUUUUUUUGGCGGAUUUGACGAAACAGAAACACGUUCAGCCCUAGGCAGUAACGCCACAGUGCGAGCAAAUGACCCCUUAUUCCUAACGACAGGCAUUCAUAUCUCUGUUGCGCAAGUAGUCAACACCAGUGCAGUACUCGUCUCUACUGCAGAAGUAAGCUUAGUGUAGUGUAAGCUCCUCUUUACUCGCUGGGAUUCCGCGUUGUGUUUUAUGGUUUUUCUCCGAGCGGCUGUGCAAACUACGCGUCGUGUUUUCGCGACAGUGGCAUUGCCGUUGAGUGAGCUUGUCUGGACACCUAGGAGCACAACUGCCUUCGCGCAGCAGUUGCAGCCGGCACUUGUAGGGAUUCCCGCGGCUAUGCCGAUCAUGACAGAGCAAAAGGAGCGCUUCCGGGCCUCGGAUGGCGUUCGGAUCACGUACGAUCCCUUUGCGCCGGGCAUGGUAGAAAAGUACGGGCCGCCGGGAAACACCGACAGCGAGGGGUUUGAUCCCUACGCGGACACGGUGGGGCCGGGCAUCUACGGGGGUCGGGUGAAGCGGGACCCUAAUACCGGCGCGGUGGUCAUUGGUAAACAGUACCAGAACCACAACCCGCGCCCGGGUCCGGUGUACGCGGGAGGCGGCUACACCCCGGUUAGCAACGCGCUACGGGAGGCUCAUACCGAAAAGCCGACGCUGCGCGAACUGCUGACAAAGUACCCUGACCUGGUGAAUGACAUCUCUACUGGCGGAGCCCAGCCGUUACACUUGUGCGGCAUGAGUCGCGAUGCCCAGGAUGCCGUUGCUGUUCUGGUGGAGUUCGGUGCCGACGUGGAAGGGCUUGACACCUACGGGAUGACACCGCUGCAUCGCAUAUCCACCGUAUCUAUGUUUCGGUCUGAAAGACGCAACAUUUUAGUCAUGCAGACUCUGCAUCGCGAAUAGAGUCUAGGUACUGCAGGCAGUGCCAUUUUUAUAGAGCUUAUGCCGCAGUAGUGGAGGUCUCUAAAAAAGGGAUCGCUCAAUGCCGACACUGCGUGAUAUGUCACUCCUGCGCUUCAUAAGAGGAAAGCGGAGACUUCUGAUGGUGGUGACAUUUUUGGUGUGACCCAAAGUAAGCGUUGCAAGCGUGAAUUUCUCCAGACUCGUACACAUGCAAUGCAUACUUUAUGGCUUCCAACAAUUUGCCCGUCGGAGCGGAGCAGCUGCUUGCGGCCGGGGCCGAUCCCGGCUUCCGGGGGACGGUGGGCGCAACGCCCGCGGAAAUUGCGCAUGAUAGUCGCGCUGCUGCCGUGCUCGAGGUUUUUGCUAAGUGGGAAGAAAUGAAAAAGAAGCCGACGACGUCGACAGCACAGGCGCCCUCAGGAAGUGCAACCACGCAACUUCUGGACGUGCUCUACCAGGGCCCGGAAAACGGGCAGUACCUGCGGACCAGUGCCACGGAGAUACCACCGGGAUUCGGCGCGGUGUGCAAGGCGAAGGGCUGGAACACCGCACAAGUGUGGCAGGAAUUGAAUGACGGAGCCGAUUGGUUUCGCCACGCCACGAAUGCAUACGUAUACUUCAACCGGAAGGACGGAUGCUGGUGGCUGGACGCCAGUUCGGGCGAAGGAAUCUGGAAGGUCUCUGGCCCCGCGCACUCGGUCCCGGCACAUGGAUGGAAACCUUUGCAGACGCGAACAGCUCUGCAGCCCCCCAUGGUGCGGUCUUUUCGCAACCCUGAACAGGCCAACAAACAGAGCUCAAAGAACAAGGCCGACGAGCUGUAAAUGGCGGGAAUUCGGUCAUUUUGAGGCUUGUCUAUUUUGACGAAGGGUAGCGUUCUUGCCGCUUUUAUCAAAAAAUUUCGGCGGUGUCAAUUGACAGGCGAUGAUAUCAGCGGCACGCGCGCUCUUCUUUCUUUUUGUUUGUGCAGUGGAUGAUUUGACCAAUGGGUAAGUAGUUAGCCGAAAGAAAUCGAAUCAAUGUUAUACUACGCUUCCUGUACAACUUUUUUGCUUCUUCGUUUGUGGCGCAACCGUUUGCAUCCGGAGUCUAUAUUCAUUGUGACUUAGCUACCCGCGAAGGCAAGCCACUUCUGUGUAAAGACACUCAAACAAAAGAUUGCGUUCUUUGUACCGCAAGUUUUACAUUCUGGUCUGAGCAGCUUGUGGAAGAAAAGACCGAGAAGAAGAUGGAGAUGCUUCUACUUUCGUUGCUCUUCGCGGCGACCGAAAACUCGUCACUUCUGGGUUUGGAGCUCUCCACCAAGAUGGAAAGUGAAAAU